AUGGACUCUCCUUCGACCAACAACGAUGCUCCCCUUCGCGACCCGAGCAAGCUCUUCUUCCAGAAAGACUCCCUCCGACGCUCAAUAGUAGCGUCGUACUGGAUUCUGAUUCUUCUUGCUCUUCCUCUAUGGUGGUACACAACAAGUAUCGAACGCCUCUCGCUGCCAUCAAAUCGCAUUCAACAACAAGCAAGAAAUCGACUUCAACUCCCAAUUACAAUAUGUAUAGAGUCCAAUGACGCAGGCCUCAUACGUCAAGCAGAUCAGGAACUGUCGAAUCGUAUAACCCAAUACCGGCAGCGAUGGAAGGGCCUCGAUGUUCGCGUUGUAGCAGUCGCAGCAUCAAGUUGUGGAUCCGGAAGCGAUGUUUAUAUGGUAACCCCGAAAAGUGGAUCCCCUACCAUUGAAAAGAGGACCCUAUUCUUUCCGUUAGAUGAAGCUCGAGCUCCUUCUAGGCUCGCCGACACGUUGACCUCUCUUCUUGUGCCGUAUACCGACCUCUCAGAUCUAGAGCAUCGCGUUGCCCAAUAUUCACCUCGGUACCGACUGGCUUUUAGCCUUUUGAAUGAAGAUGCCACAGCUGGGGACGCCGUGCUAGGCUGGAAUAUCCAACAAGCUUUAAAAUCCUAUGUUAAUCCCGUUCUUCGGCGUCUUGGUCCUCUACAUAACUUCACCAUUGAAAGUCAGGUGCAAUUUCAUGCACCAUUAGGCUUCACUCCUUGGCAGCUUGAGAGUGUUUAUGCCAUAAACCCUGCAGAUCUAACUGUUUUCGUAAAUUCUGCCGACUGGACCUUGUCAUCCAGCUCCUCCAAUGAUCCUGUUCUUCACUUUAUUCUGUUCAUACCCUCUGCGCAACGUCGGCCUCUUCGCAUCCUGGACAACGAUGAAACACUCACCCAAUCAAACGCGUUCAUCCUUCCGCAAUGGGGCGGAAUCGUGAUCUUCAAUCCAGAGAAACCUAUAAACGGUGAUCUACCACUCAAAGACCUUAAUGUUGUCUUCUCUUCGUUUGCAAGACAAAUGCACGGUCUUCUCGGUGUUCCUCAACUUCCUUCGGACGUGGGGCACUCUGGUGGCGCUUCAGUUAUUUCCGAUUGGCAGCUUGAUGCUCUGCUACGCCGACGCACCUUAGAGAAUGAGGCAGCUAGUCAAGAUACGCUCCUUAGCAUCAUCAAACUCGUCGACAAAAUUGAAAACAUGCCAGUGAAGGAGGAUGUUAGGGGCGAUGUCGAGGGCGCCUUGAAUGCUCUAACCAAGAUGCGUGAUUCCUCGGGAAAAUCACUGAAAGAGACCUUUACCCAUUCUGCCCAAUCCUUCGGUCUCGCAUCUCGUGCUUUCUUCAGCCCAGGCAUGAUUGCUCUGUUGUACUUCCCGGCUGAGCACACAUAUGCGGUCUACACCCCUUUGUUUGCUAGCACAGUCAUCCCCCUAUUCGUCGCUGCUUUGAGGGAGACCAAGGCUUGGAGAAGAGAACGCCAUGCGGCCAGCGCAACGACAUGA